CAUGAACUGCAUCUUAAAGUUGGAACACCAGUGAUGCCAAUGAGGAGCAUUGAUCAUUCUCAAGGGCUGUGUAAUGGGACUAGGAUGGUUAUUACGAGAUUAGAUAUAAAUAUAUCGCUCAAUGUCUGCCGAAGCGGUUUUUUUACUCGUCUCCGGAGCUGUCAUACGUUGCCUCCAAGCCGCUCCAAGCCGCGGCUUCAUUCUCGCCAAACCGCUGGUUUUAGGCAGACAAAAUUAUGAGUGGAGAUGCAAGUGGUGGUGUUUUGCAGUAUCGUGCAUUGUUGAGCAUCGAGUAUGUUUGAGUGUUGUUGGGGAUAAACAAUUCGUUGGUGGCAUUUAUGGAACAGUGCAGGUCAAGGACUGGAUGGGCUUGCACCCUGUGUAUGAAAGGAGCUCAGUACACUCAGAGAAGAGAAGUCUGGGAGAUGAUUUAACACUAAUUGGCCCUUCCCACAAAUUUGGCAUCAGUGGUUACGACUGCAAAUCUAUUUGUGUCAAUUUACGAGGGGUGGACCCUGACUUCGAGAUUGCUCGAGGAGAUGUUGUUUGGGAACCGAGAACGGAGAAUGUAACUUUCGCCAACUAUGACAAACGGCUGGAGAGAGUAGUGACUGGAGAAAUGGCAGCGUUGCAGUGGGUUAUUCGGUCAUAACCUAUGCCCUCAAUGCAGCAGUCAAGGUGGUUCUACUCAACACUGGCCAGAAUAAUGAAGAAAAACCAGCAAAUGUGUAUGAUCUGAUAUGACUAUGGAAGUCUGAUAUGAUUUGAUAUGAUUUGGUCUGGUAUGAUCUGAUCUGGUCUGAUAUCGAAAACUGUUCAAAAGAAAACACAUAUAAUCAACAAGUAACAUAAGUGACGAAAAUUAAAGGUAUAACUAAAAUAGUUUUUAACGAGUUUCCACUUUUCUACUGAUGUUUAAAAUAACUAUGAGGGGUUACGUUUUUUUCCAUUGUGUAUUAUUAUUAUUUAUUAUUA